AUGGAGGAAGAACUGAAUAGCUUGGUGAAAGUAGGGAUUACAACAAUAAUGUCGGUAUCUUAUUGUUACUUCUUGCCACCUAGAAUCAAAUCUGGUAUUUUCCGUUUAGUCUCUAUUCUCCCUGUAUGUGUUCUGUUUCUUGUUCUUCCUCUGUUCUUCUCUUUUCCACUUUUCUCUUCCCCUGCAUCGAUUUUGCUAAUACUUGCCGAUCAUAAACUCAUCCUCUUUUCCUUUGAUCAAGGUCCUCUUUUUCCACUACCCUCAAAUAUCUUCUUAUUCACCUGCUUCACUUGUUUCCCCAUCCAGCGUCAAAAGAACCCUAAACCUCAAGAUCUUUUCCUCACAUGGAUGUUCGCAUUUAAAGUUGCACUCCUUGGUGCAUUGUUACAUUUCUAUUACUUCAAAACGCUUCCUACCAUUCUGCUAUUGGGUCUCUAUCCACCGUUUCUAUAUGUUUUACUUGAGGUCUCCCUAACGCUCUUCAGAAUUUUGUUGACUAUCAUUCUUAAAUGCAACCUAGAGCCACAUUUUAAGCAACCAUACUUAGCCACGUCUCUUCAAGACUUCUGGGGAAGCCGGUGGAACCUCCUAGUCUCUUCAAGUCUCCGGGCAGGCGUCUACACUCCUGUGCGGCGUGUCUGCCAACGCCUAAUGUGUUCUGAUGAUUCUGCAAUGUUUAUUAGUGUUUUGGCCACUUUCAUAGUCUCUGGUGUGUUCCACGAAGUGCUGUUCUUCUAUAUAACCGGUGAGAUGCCUACAGGGGAACUCACUUUGUUCUUUGUGCUACAUGGAGUUUGCACAGUUGUGGAAGUGGCGGUGAAAAGGACUGCGUUUGCACAGAGGUUGGUGGUGAGACAGAUGUUAUCACGGCUGCUAACGGUGGGUUUUGUGAUUGUGACCACUUGGUGGCUGUUUUUCCCUCCUUGGAUUCGUAGCAACGUGACGGAGAAAUGCUUCAAUGAAGGCUUAUUGCUCAUUGAUUUCAUAAGACUUUACGCAAAUUAUUUCAUUGAACUAACUAAGUAG